AUGACGACCAAGAUGCGGCCGAUGACGACCAAGCUGCGGCUGAUGGCGGAUGACGAGCAAGCUGCGGCCGAUGACGAGCAAGCUACGGCCGAAGUCGAGCAAGCUGCGGCCAAAGACGAGCAAGCUGCGACCGAAGACGAGCAAGUUGCGGCCGAAGACGAGCAAGCUGCGGCCGAAGACGAGCAAGUGACGGUCGAAGACGAGCAAGCUGCGGCCGAAGACGAGCAAGCUGCGGCCGAAGACGAGCAAGCUGCGGCCGAUGACGAGCAAGCUGCGGCCGAUGACGAGCAAGCUGCGGCCGAUGACGAGCAAGCUGCGGCCGAUGACGAGCAAGCUACGGCCGAAGACGAGCAAGCUACGGCUGGAGACGAGCAAGCUGCGGCCGAUGACGAGCAAGUUGCGGCCGAUGACGAGCAAGCUGCGGUCGUUGACGAGCAAGCUGCGGCCGAUGAUGAGCAAGCUGCGGCCUAUGAUGAGCAAGCUGUGGCCGAUGACGAGCAAGCUGCGGCCGAUGACGAGCAUGCUGCGGACGAAGACGAGCAAGCUGCGGCCGAAGACGAGCAAGCUGCAGAAAUGGCAUGUGCUGGGAUGCAUGGCAUGUGCCGGGAUGCAUGGCAUGUGCUGGGAUGCAUGGCAUGUGCUGGGAUGCAUGGCAUGUGCUGGGAUGCAUGGCAUGUGCUGGGAUGCAUGGCAUGUGCUGGGAUGCAUGGCAUGUGCUGGGACAAAGAGCCUGCGCUAUCUGAGUCGGACCCCGACGAUGCUGAUGACAACGACGAUGACGUCAGCACACGCUUCUUCUUCUUGAUAGCAGCGACAGCUGGAGCAGCGACAGCAGCAAGUGCGCCCCUUCCUUCCCCCAUGGCACCACCCCUCAUGCCUCCAUGUGCAUAA